AUGGAGGUUCUCAGAUGCCUUGCCUUCCUGCUUAUCCUACUGAACCAUGCCACUUGCCAUCCUGUCCCCAGAACAAAAGGGAGUUUUAAUAAGCUGCUGGUGAUUUCCUUCGAUGGGUUUCGCUGGAACUAUGACCAGGAUGUUGACACACCUAAUAUGGAUCGCCUUGUAAGGGAGGGAGUGAAGGCCAAGUAUCUCACUCCACCAUUUGUCACCAUGACAUCUCCAUCCCAUUUUACCACCAUCACUGGUCGGUGGAUUGAAGAUCAUGGAGUCAUUCACAACAUGAUGUUUAACACAGAGACACUCUGGAAGUUCUCCUUCAAGGACACGCAGAGAAAGUCGGAGUGGUGGGACAAUGGUGCGCUGCCCCUCUGGAUCACGGCCCAGAGGCAGGGCAGAAAAACUGCUUCAUUCCACUUUCCAGGAGGAGGUGCAAACUACAGCGGGGAAGCCGUGCAGAGGUCUCUUUUGGAGUCUUUUGACCAUCCUGAUUCCAAUGAGACUGAAUGGAGGGAAAAUAUUGACAUUGUGAUGAACUGGUUCACUAAGGAAAAUUUUGAUUUUGUAACCCUUUACUAUGGAGAACCUGACAAUGUUGGGCACAUGAUAGGCCCCGAGACAGAAAACAGAAGAAUUAUUAUCCAGCAAAUCGAUAGGACUAUUGGUUACCUGGUAGAAGCCAUUGAAAAGAAUGGCUUGAAGAACAAUCUCAAUGUCAUCAUCACGUCAGAUCAUGGAAUGACCACAAUCAAGAAGAAUCCUGACGUCACAGAGAUCUUGCUGAAAAACUACAUUAAAUUCAGAGAUUUAGUGAAGUUUGAUAUCCUGGACUAUGGUGGGUUUGGUAUGAUUCUUCCCAAGCCAGGGAAAGAGGAAGAAAUUUACAAUGCAUUGAAAAAUGCACAUCCUCAUUUAAAUGUAUAUAAGAAAGAAGAGUUUCCAGAACAUUUCCAUUUUGCAAAACACAGCCGAAUUCUACCCAUCUUGGUUUAUGGUGAUCCUGGCUACAACAUUAAUGGGCGUUUUAUAUUAUAUGUCAACAAAGGAGAUCAUGGUUUUGAUAAUGCAGACAUGGACAUGAAAACCAUAUUCAGAGCAUUUGGACCAGAUUUCAAGAAGAAUCAUUUGGCAGAGCCUUUUGACAGCAUCCACAUUUACCCACUUAUGUGCAAACUCCUGGGAGUGACACCAGAACCUCACAAUGGAUCUCUGACAGUUACAAAGGACAUGCUUGCGGACACUUUCGAUCAGGAGUCAGGUGAGAUACAAAAGCAAUAG